GUGGGGCCGGUGCACGGUGGGUGCUUGCGGUGGGGCCGGAGCCGUGGGCUCGGGGCUGUCCCCGUCUCCGAGCCCCCGGCUUCGGCCCCCCAGCCUGUCUUGAUCCUGAUGGUGGAACGGAAACUCCUUGUUCUUUUUGGCAGCCAAACUGGGACAGCUGAAGACACAGCCGAGAGAAUUGGCAGAGAAGCCAAGCGACGCCACUUCCAGUGCAGAGUGGAGGCGCUGGACAGCUAUGAUGUGGCCAACCUCAUCAAUGAGCUGUUGGUGGUAUUUGUCUGUGCAACCACUGGCCAGGGUGACCCACCUGACAACAUGAAGAUGUUCUGGCGGUUUCUGUUCCGGAAGAACCUGCCACCUGGUUCCCUCUGCCAGCUGGACUACGCCGUGCUGGGCCUUGGCGACUCCUCCUACCCCAAGUUUAAUUUUGUUGCGAAGAAGCUGCACAAACGGGUGCUACAGCUUGGGGGCAACCCUUUGCUGCCAGUGGCAUUGGGAGACGACCAGCAUGACUUGGGGCCAGAUGCAGUGGUCGAUCCAUGGCUCCUGACCUUAUGGGACAAGAUCCUUGCCUUGUAUCCUCUCCCUCCUGGCCUUGAGAUCAUCAGUCCAGAUGUACGCCUGCCCCCAAAAUACACCCUGAACUACCUGGCUGAGGACUCCCUGCACCCUGAUGGUGGCCCGCCCCAGCCAACAGCAGCCAGGGCCGUUCCCUCCGAGCUGCAUCCCUUUGCUGCCCAGCUGGUGUCCAAUCAGCGGGUCACGGCAGAAUCCCAUUUCCAGGAUGUCCGGCUCAUCGAGUUCGAUGUCACAGGCUCAGGGAUCACGUUCAGUGCAGGGGACGUGGUGAUGAUCCAGCCCCAGAACUGCACCGAAGACGUGCAGCAGUUCUGCCAGCUCCUGCGCCUGGAUCCAGACAGACACUUUGUGCUGAAGCCCACGGAGCCUGACACAUCCCUCCCUGCCCUCUUGCCGCAGCCCUGCACCAUCCGGCACCUGGUCACGCACUACUUGGACAUCUCCUGCGUGCCGCGGCGCUCCUUCUUCAAGCUCUUGUCCUACUUCUCUAUGAAUGAGCUGGAGCGGGAGAAGCUGCAGGAGUUCAGCUCUGCGCAGGGCCAGGAAGAGCUCUACAGCUACUGCAACCGGCCCCGCAGGACCACGCUCGAGGCCCUCUGGGAUUUCCCUCACACCACGUGUGCCAUUCCACCCGAAUACCUGCUGGACCUCAUCCCGCGCAUCAGACCCCGUGCCUUCUCCAUCGCCUCCUCCAUGCUGGCUCACCCCGACCGCAUCCAGAUCCUCAUGGCAGUAGUGCGGUACAAGACGCGGCUCAGCAAACCCCGCCGUGGUCUCUGCUCUACCUGGUUGGCUUCUCUCAACCCAGAGCAAGGUGAUGUCCGGGUGCCUCUUUGGGUGAAGAAAGGAGGAAUGAAGUUCCCAACUGACCCUGACACCCCUGUGAUCAUGAUUGGCCCUGGCACAGGGGUGGCACCUUUCCGAGCAGCGAUACAGGAGCGGGUGGCACAAGGACGUAGAGGGAACUGCUUGUUCUUUGGCUGCCGCCAGAAAUCCAAGGACUUCUACUGCCAAGAAGAGUGGGAAUUGCUGGUGACAAAGGGCUUCCUGACACUCUUCACAGCCUUCUCCAGGGACCAGGAGGAGAAGGUUUAUGUUCAGCACCGCAUCCAGGAGAACCGAAGGCUGGUGUGGGAGCUGCUGAGCAGCAGGAACGCUCAUGUCUACCUGGCUGGGAAUGCCAAGCAGAUGCCAGCGGCGGUGGCUGAAGCCCUGCAGUUGGUGUUGCAGCUGGAAGGUGGCCUGUCACCCUCCGAAGCAGAGGAGCAUUUAACAGCCCUGGAACGGUCCCAGCGCUUCCAGUCUGAAACCUGGUCGUAAGCCUGGCUCCCUGCCUCCCCCUUCCUUGCAAACUGCCUGAAUAAAGGAGUCAGCAGAAUGA